GCCCCUUCCGCUCCCGGCGUGCGGUUCCGCCGUUGCCAUGGUGCCGGUGCUUCCCGGCCUGUACUUGGGCUGCGGCCUGCCUGGCGCCGAGGAGGUCGGGCGGGGCGGCGUGACGGCGCUGCUGUCGGUGGACUCGGAGCCGCCCGGCGCUGCCGCCGAAGCCGCGCUGGAGGCGGUGCUGCACGUGCCGCUGCUGGACGAGCCCCGCAGCGACCUGCUGAGCCGCCUGGACGACUGCGCCGCCUUCGUCGGCCGCGCGCGGGAGCGGGGCGGGGCCGUGCUGGUGCGAUGUCAUUCUGGGGUCAGCCGAAGUGUUGCUGUUGUUACUGCUUAUUUAAUGAAAGCAAAUCAUCUCCCUUUUGAAGAGGCGUAUGCCUUUGUCCGGGCCCUCAGACCAGAAGCCAAAAUGAAUGAAGGUUUUGAGUGGCAACUGAAACUCUAUGAAAAAAUGGGCUGUGAAGUUGAUGUAACCAGUUCCAUUUACAAACAAUAUUGUUUGCAGAAGGUUACAGAGAAAUACCCAGAGCUACGCAACCUGCCACGAGAUGUCUUUGCAGUUGACCCAAGCACUAUACCUCAGGCUCCAAGUUAUGAAGCUCUGUAUAAGUGCAGGAAGUGCAGGCGUCUGCUCUUUCGGAGUUCAAGCAUCCUGGCACACAUGGAAGGCAAGGGGCCGGCUGCUUUUGCACACAAGAGACUUCCAGACCCUACCUCUUUUCAGCAUGGUAGUCAGUCUGUUUGCAGUUCUUAUUUUGUAGAGCCUGUACAGUGGAUGGAGCCAGCCCUGCUAGGAGUGCUGGAAGGGCAGCUUCUGUGCCCCAAAUGUUCUUCAAAGUUGGGCUCCUUCCACUGGCAUGGUGAACAGUGUUCCUGUGGCCACUGGGUCACCCCCGCCUUCCAGAUUCACAAGAGUCGUGUGGACGAAGUGAGAGGGCUUCCCGUGACCAGUCUGCAGACUGCAAGAUGAAUUUGGAAUGUGCCAUUCAGCCUGGCCAGCACAUGGACUAUUUACAGAACGGCUUAAUUCAAUCAGUGAUCUCGGCCAUGGCCAUACAGCCCAGAAAAUCUACAACAACUAACGUUCUCCAGCCAUGAAAGCCUUCAACGAUAUAUAGUGAUCUCUUUGCUUUAAAGGAAACUUUUUUCCCCUCCAGCUUUGCGGCAAAGGGCAAAUCCAGCAAAACAACUUGUAUUUUGGAACAUUGCCCCGAAGUGGGUUCGCCUUUAAGAUCUAAUUUGUUUGGAUUUUGUCAAGAAAUCUUAUUAAAGAUGUCAAUAUUGCAAGGGUUUUUACAAAUAAAUAAAUGGUUUGGUUUGUAUUUAAGUUGCCAUUAAGGAAAGGUGAUUCAUAGAAUCAUAGAGUUGGAAGGGGCCAUACAGACCAUCUAGUCCAACCCCCUUUCAGAAAACCUGACUCAGUGUACUAAAAUUCAGCCUUCCACUAUGGGUUCAUAUCCAUUCCAAAGAGGAUUGGGUGUAUGUAGGUACAGAAGCUGGAAAAAACUGUGCUUCUGAUGAUGGUGACAUUAUCAUUAUUAGGUAAAUAUGGGAGAGAAUUGCAACUGGGAAGAUGUAAGAAAAACUAGGUUCAGAAAUCUGUUGUACUGAUUUUUGAGAACUGGUGUAGGGUACUGUGAUGUGCAUUGGAGGGGCUCCUGGAAACCUGUACUGCACUGAUCAUCAGAUCUCGGAAGCUAAGCAGGGUUGGCCCUGGUUAGUACUUGGAUUGUCAGGCUGUGGAUGGCAGGAUACGGCAGACAGAUCCCUGGACCAUUGCAGCAAGACACGGGUUCUUGGUUAAAUGGCUUUUAUUCAGAAAUCAGAUCAUUUCCAUAUAUAUGUCCAUAGAACUACUCAGAAGCAAGGUAAGCGGAGGACAUCUUGAUGGGACCUCCCAGAGCAGUGUCCCUGUUUUCUGGGUGGGUCAUUGUCAUCUGGUCAUAAGAUAUGUUGUAAUACUCUUCUGCCAAACGCUGCAUCAGCGGAGUUGUAAGUGUUCAUCUUACAGUGUUUAACAAAGGUAGAUACAGAUGACCAAGCAACUGCCUUGCAAAUCUCUUUAACUGUAGCAUGUCUGGCAAAUGCUGUGCUGCUGCAGCACUUCAUAUUGAGUAGUAAUCCAGAGGAGAGACUGUAUCUCUGUGGAUGGACACAGCAUGCCUCUGAUGAAGUCAAGUCUGAUGUGGAAAUAAACCGUCUUUUCAGGAAUCA